AUGAUUGUUGUUGAAGGGUCUGGUCUUGUAAGAAGGAUUGGUCUUGCUGGUAAACUGAUUGGGCAUGAAGAUUGGGUAAACACGAUCGAGUUCAACCGCUGUGGUGAUUGCCUGGUGUCGGGUUCUGAUGACCGGCGAGUCAUGUUGUGGAAUGUGGCAAGUAAAGCUUUGGUCCUUUCGUAUGAUUCGGGUCAUGCUAGAAAUGUAUUACAGGCUCGGAUUAUGCCAUUUAUUAAUGACACGGUUAUAGUAACUUCCGGUGGUGAUGGUCAGGUGAGACUUGGUCAAGUAACAGAUAACGGUAACCUUCAAACAAUAGAAUUAGGGAAGCACAAUGGGCACGUUCACAAGCUUGCUGUUGAGCCUGGAAGUCCCCACAUGUUUUACAGCUGUGGCGAGGACGGAUUCGUUCAACGGGUUAGUUUUUUCGGGCCUGAUAGUGAGCAUGUUAUGAGUGGAUCAGACUAUGGUCAUAUUUUCGUAUGGAAGAAAAAAGACGGUAGAGUUAUUCGCAUUAUGGAAGGCAAUAAGUGUAUAGUGAAUCAAGUUGAACCGCAUCCUAAUAUCCCUGUGUUUGCGUCGUCUGGAUUAGAAAAAGAUAUAACACUUUGGGCUCCUGUUUCUGAUAACAUUCCUCCCCUGGUUCAUGAGUUACUUCAUAUUAUGGAGUCAAGCAGGCAAACCAGAGAUAAUGUUUCGCGGCUUAGACUCAGACCCGAAGUUUUAAUGGAUGUUUUUAGGCCUAAUAGAAGGCAAUGA